AUGGCAGGUGAGAACCAGACUUAUGUGACGGAGUUCACGCUCCUGGGCUUCUCCCGUGGCCAGCCCUUCCUCUUUGUUCUUUUCCUGGCCAUUUACCUGGCCACACUGCUGGGUAACUCUGCAAUACUUGCCCUCGUGUCCCUGGAUCCCCAUCUCCACAGUCCCAUGUACUUCUUUGUCAGUCACCUGUCCUGCUUGGACAUUUGCUGCUCAUCAGUGACGGUGCCCAAGAUCCUGGCAAAUGCCCUGCGCCCACAGGCAACCAUCUCUUACUGCGGGUGCCUGGCACAGAUGUUUUUCCUGAUGGGGUGCGCAGGGGCCGAGUGCGCACUCCUGGCUGUCAUGGCCUACGACCGUUACGCUGCCAUAUGCCAGCCCCUGCACUAUGCCCGUGCCAUGAGCCGGGGUGUCUGCGUGGUGGCGGCCGCCGGCUGCUGGCUCUGGGGGAUGCUGGACUCGGCCGUGCACACCCUCCUAGCCUCCAGGCUCGGCGCUGCCCGGCUCCAGCACAUCUUCUGUGACGUCCCCCCACUUCUGAGGGCCGCCUGCAGCAACACUCGCCCCAGCGAAGUGGCACUCCACGCUGCCAGUGUCUUUGUGGGCCUCACCCCCUUCCUGCUUGUCUUUGUCUCCUACCUCCGCAUCCUGGCCACUGUCCUCGGGAUGCCCUUGGCCACCAGCCGGCACAAGGCCUUCUCCACAUGCUCUGCCCACCUGCUUGUGGUCGCCCUGUACUUUGUGACGGCCAACCUGAACUACAACCGGCCCAGCUCUGGCUACUCCCCGGCAGCCGACACACUGAUCUCCGCACUGUACUGCAUCAUCACCCCCAUGCUGAACCCACUCAUCUACAGCCUCCGCAACCAGGAGGUGCGGGGGGCCCUGCGGAAGGCUGUGCGGGGAUGGGGCACGCUGGGCUCCCCAGGUAGUGACGCGUGA